AUGGCGGAUCCCGCUCUGAGCUUGUAUAUCCCCGAGACCGCAGUCUCGGGGAUGUCCUCGCUUCUAGAAUCGGGCCUGGACACUUCUGUCUCGUCUAGCUCUGCUUUGUUGUCGUCCACCAUUUCUGCUUCUGAUUCUGGCAUUGCUGGACCUGUCUUUGACACUGUUGCUUCUGCAGCUUCAUCGGCUGAGGCCUCUGCCACUGUCAAUUUCUUCGACCCUGCUCCCUUCGCCAUGCCUGACCAUUGGCCUGUUCUUUCAACUCACAUCUUAAGUCUUCCUACCGUAUGCACCUCUACUCUGGAUCGAGUCCAGCCUGUCGCUCCCGGCACACUUGACCAGUCUUUCUCCUGGUCUUCUCCAGACUCGAGCCGCUUUGGCGGCUUGGGAAUUGAUGCGGACACUUUUUCAAACUAUUCGUUUAAGAGUGUUGAGCAUCAGGGCAUGGGCCAUGGUGUCCAGCAGUUGUGUCAGCUUGCCGGCCCCGCUGAUGAUGUUCAUGGCAUGGCAGGCAAAUCUUCUGCCAGCAAGCCGGAUCACGCCGUCGGACAAGGACAGCAGCAGCAUCUUCGUGCCCAGUCUAUGCGGCAAUUCAGCCAGACCCCAGUGCCCGCAGAGACACACACUCCCGUGACUCUGCCGGGCAUGGAGAUGUUGGGUGGCCUUCUCAUGGUUGACAACCAGGGAGACCAGGUUCCGAUGGACUCGGCGCAGGCUCAAAUGUCUCAAGCCCAUUCUCUGCGAGCUGGAAUUCAGAAAUCCGAGGCUCAAAAAGCCCAGUCUCGAUUGCAGCGUUUCCAGCGUGCACACAGCCAGCAGCCCGUGGUACCCCUACCUGCGGACUCUGAGUCAGAUGUUGCUAGAGCUAGUUCUUCCGCUCGUCUACGGCGACGGCAUGCGAUGUCCCAAACUUCGGAGAGACCAUCCCUCUUUCAGCAAGUGCUGACCGAGUUGAAUGCUGCCUCUGAGGUUGACAAUCUGAUCCUCCCUCACCCGGGUGCGCAGCUGCCCCGUUCAACUAUCGGCCGUGAUGCCUUGGUUGAGAGUGAAGGGUAUCCUGAUUCCCGCCAGCCAACGCGAUCUGGUCUCGAUUCUUGUGGCAGGGUCUCUUCAGUUGAUGAUCACGCAAGCCAGCGGGCUUCGGGUCAGCGUACCUUGAGCCAGGGACCUCCAUUUCAUGUCAACUCUGCUAGUGAUCUUAUUUUAGCUAGUGGCCAUGCACAGGCUAGCCUUCAAGGCCAUCUGCCGCAGCAUUCUGUCCAAAGUCUUUCUUCGGGGGAUUUAACUGCUUUGUCUAUUGACCAUUCUACUGAUGUUUCUGCCGGUCUUUCCACCGGUCUUCCCACGGUUCUUUGCGCUGAUCUCUCUAAUGAACUUUCCAAUGGUCUUUCUGCUGUUGAUUCUCUGAUCUUGGCUCAAGCUCAAGCUCAUCGGGCUCUUCCUCCGAAUCCCGUCGGCCGUCUGCCAACUUCUUGCAACCCUAGUCUAGCCAAAAGAGAACCUGUGCUUUCCUUUCCUCUUCCUCCUCCUGUGUCCUUGGAGGAUCGGGCCCCCUCGAGCCCCGAGAACUGCAAGUGGAGACAAGGGGGUGUGCCAACUCACAUAUCUGCUCCUUUUGAUACUCAACUCUCAAUGGAUCCUAUUGUUCCCUACAUUGCCCAUAGCUCUGCACACAAUCCAGUUGCUUCAGGAGAUCUUUUGGCUCGAUUGAGCCGAGAUGAUAUCCUGGACAUUAAGGGCAAUUCCCAGAACAGGAACCCCAAUUACUUGGGGGACUGCCAUAGCCAAGUUUUGGGUUCAGUUGUCGUGAGCAAUUUGGGGGAUAGCCAGGUCUUGUUUAUCUUCAACAUGUUUGGCCUGAUAGCCAAUCUGCAGCCCCGGUUUGAAUACAAGUACGGUGGCUCCAAUGGAAAGAGAAUUGGCGUUAAAUUGAUAUUAUGGGGGCACACCGUCCUCAUUGAGCCGGUGACUCAGUCACUUCAUGACGCCAGAGUCAAUGCUUGUCGAGAAGCUCUUGAGCAGUUACGUGUAUUCAACAUGCUGUGGCAGAUCCCACCUCAGCCCAUGGAUGGGCCCACGAGCCCUUCCUGGAACUGGGUGGAGGUGCUUGAGGUCUACCGCGCUGCGCAGAAGUGGCCGGAGCCAGAAUACCAGCCAUUCGGGGAUGGCAACUCAUGGCACUGUGAUGUCUUUGUCGAAAGAAAGCUGUAUCGUACCAUGAAACCUGUUCCAACGCGUGAUGAGGCAGAGAACACUGUUGCCCAUCUGGCAAUGUAUCAAAUGAUGGUUGGCAAAGGCAAAGAUAAGAUUCCUUCUUGUAUUCUUCCCGCAGACACCGCGGUGAUGGUGACUGUGCCAAUCCAGAAGCAGAUAAACUCGCUUCUACGCUCAAUCUCCGAUGCCGAGAAGUCAUUACCUACUGUCGAAUAUGCGGGUGUGAAGAAACCGAUCAUUCUGCCAAAGUUUAUCGCCGCAACGCAGCCCCAGACUGCGUCCAAAAAAUCGAAAUCCAGGGCUGCGAAGAGGGCUGCUUUACAGAAGGCCCAGCAAAAUUCUUGGCAGAAUGCGCAGAACGCUUAUAAUGCUCAGCAGAACACCUGGCAGAACGCCCAGAGGAACACCCAGUGGAGUAAUAGACAGGAUAUCCCAGUUUAUUCAAAUGCGCCUACAGCAAACAACAACGAUUGUCCCGCGUCGGUUUCAAACAUGAUUCCGGUGACUGACGCUCGGCUUGUGCCUCUCGAGGUACGGGAAGAGCCCACCAAAGGUCCUUUGAUAACCCUGAGAAAAUUUGCAAAGGUUUUUGGCAGAUUGGAUGAGGGAGCCUCUUUUACGACUAUCCUGGGAAAACUUUGUCACGCCUUGAAAGCUAGCCAACCCCGCGUUCGUUGCAUUCCAGCACCAGAAAUGGAGGACAAGCACGAGAAUACACGCGCAGUCGUCGCCAGGUUCAGUGAUUCUCAUCCAUACCUGAACCGUGCUAGCCCCAUUCACCUGGCUUACGUUGUGACGAAUAACGUUGACGCCGCCAGGUCACUUGGGAUCAAGCAUCUUAUUCUUUACAUUCUGAAUAUGGCAAAGGAAGAUGCUGGGAUGGAAGACACGGGCUACUCAAAGGAGUUAUGUAUCCUGCAAGCACUAGAAGAAGAGUGCAAACGGGCCCUGAAUUCUUUCGAUGUACGGGACGAUGUCUUCUACCUUUGA